CUACUGUACUCUGUGUGUGUUGUUUUAUUCAUGUUAACAAUAUAUCUUCCUUUUAUAAUACUACAAGGUGCCUUGAGCCUUGAAAGAUUUAUUUCUGCUACACUACGUCCUCACAGGACUGAGACUGUAAGCCCAGGUUAAAUUCUGUUGACAAUGGACAGGUUUGAUGCCAGAUUUGUAAUUGCAGGUUCUGUCUUGCCUCGCGCUCCUGCGGAGCAUCCAAGGGCACAGCAGCCAAGCUCUGAUUGUAAUACCUCGCACACGUUUCCCCCCUCAAACACUCUUUUGUCCCCCUCCGAGCUUAACUCCCCGCAUACCCAGCGAGGAAGUUUGCCCACAAUAUCUGUCGCACGGAUGGUUGUGUGGAUUGUACCCUUUUCAUAGUGGUCCCAUUGUCCCCCCUCUCUCUCCUCUCCGCACUGCAUUCUGGGGCUCCGUGUGACACCUGCCGCCCAGUUCAGGUAAACGGGAGGGCGGUGAAUGCCCGCUGCAUCCGAGCCGCUCAGGUCGGAUUUCUGCACUUUUUCCUUUUUUUUUGCAAAGGAAGCAACAGCGGGGGUUUCCUCUCUCUCUCUCUCUCUCUCUCCAUCGUUUCUAUGCCUAAGGUAUUGUUGCAUAUCGCUUCUCCGGAGCUAAACGGGACAGUGCUAUGAGGACUCUCCCCAAAAGCAAAACUUGCGAAGUGUACUGCGUCUCUGGGCAUGGACACUCGGGCUGCUCGGCUGCACAGGGAGAGGGGGAGUUAGAGGAGCCCACCCAGUCACUGAGCCCCCCCACGAAGCCUGAGGAUCAAGCAGAGCGGAGAGCAGAGGGGGGGCGAGGUUCAGCCUGUGGCUCCUGGAGGAGGUGGAUGUUAGGUCUCCUGCCUUUCUUUCCCUUCACUGCUGCCAUUGCACUGACCCUCCACUACUUAACAUCUCCGCCCUCCUCAGUGUUCUUCCUCGGAGGCAGCGUGGAGUUCCCAAACCUGAGCUUCUCCUCAGAGCUGGCCGACUCCACCUCCCCGCAGUUCCGCCUGCAGGCUCAGGCUUUGAACCAUUAUUUCUCAGAACUCUACGAGUCCUCUCCGUGGAGCUCCUACUACCUGCACUCAGGAAUUACUGCCUUCAGUGAAGGAGCAGAAGGGCUCAAUGUAUUCUACUGGAGUAAAUUCUCUGCCCCGGACAAUGUUGCCAUGGCGAUCCGGAGGUCCAGCCCGGAGAGGCUGCAGCGCAGGCUUCCUGGCAGCAACAAGGUGCAGCGGGACAGUCGCAACGAGCAGCGCUACUACAUGGAGCAAGACAGCGACAUGCUCCACCUACUGGGUUUGGACCCUGAUGACUUUGAAUCAGAAGAAAAAUCUGACAAGAUUAAGAAUCCUAAUAGCAUCCAUAGUGGGAAGUGGCAGCUUGGCUUCCAGGCGAUGUCCUUUGACCUCUACGCCAAAUACGGCAACAACCGCACCCUGAGCCUCGUGAGUCCCAAGAAGCCGUACUACCAGUGGCGUCUUCGCGUGCCAUCGGGUCACGUAGUUCGAUUGGUUAUCCUCACCCUGCAUGGCGCCACACCAGGAAGCUGCACUGCCCACAAGCUCUCAGCCUAUGACUUCCUGCUUCCUCUGCAGAACAAGAUCAUUGCCAGGUGGUGUGGCCUGCCUGUCUCGGGUUCAUCUCCGGUCAUGAAGCUGACAUCCUCUGGGAAUGUCAUGUUGGUCACCUUUUCCUUCAACCGACAGAGGGAUGGAGCAAUCUUCAAAGCAUAUUUCCAGGCCAUCCCAAAAGCAGCUUGUGGUGGGUCAAUUUCCUCUUGGAACGGCUCCAUUUCCUCACCCUACUACCCUUCCUAUUACCCUCCUAAUAUAGACUGCACCUGGACCCUACGGGUGCCGUUGCCAGGAUACCUGAUCUCCAUGACGAUCGUGACGAUGGACAUUCAGGAUUCCCCGUCAUCAGACAGCUGUGAGAAAGACUGGCUGGACAUCGGAGGGGUCAAACUGUGUAACCCGGUAUCAGACAGCAGCAAAAGGCGAGUCUACUCCUCUCCUCUCUCCCUCCACUUCCACUCUGAUGAAUCUCUCACUCACAAGGGCUUCUACCUGCUCUACCGAGCCUUCUCUCCAGAGGGCACUUGUCCUCGCCAGUUCCGCUGUGGAGAUGGGCGCUGUAUCCCUCUGAGGAAGGUGUGUGACGGAGUGAAAGACUGCUCAGAUGGACGAGACGAGGCUAAAUGCUCAUCCUGCAGGCCAGGGGAAGUGUUGUGUGCCAACGGUCAGUGUAAGCCUCAAAGCAGCCUUUGUGUCAGUCAGAGCACCUGCGCAGACAGCAGUGAGGAGGGCACCUGUGGAGGUAAAUGUUAUCACGUGUGUCCCAACAAGGUGUGUUUGCCAAAGUCUUCAGUGUGUGAUGGUGUUACUGACUGCAAAGACCGCAGUGAUGAACUCAACUGUACCAGAGCAUAUUUUAAAGGCUGCUCCUCGUCCUCCUACAAAUGUGCCAAUGGAAAGUGUGUUAGUAAGAUCAACCCUGAGUGUGAUGGAGUAAAAGACUGUUAUGACGGCUCUGAUGAACUGCGCUGUGGCUGUGGCACCAGACCCAGGAAGCGCACUAAGAUAGUGGGAGGCUCUGAUGCCGGAGCGGGGUCAUGGCCAUGGCAGGUCAGCCUCCAAAUGGAUCGCUACGGCCACGUCUGUGGAGCCACGCUGGUCUCCAACCGCUGGCUCAUCUCUGCAGCUCACUGCUUCCAGGACUCAGAUGCCAUAAAAUACUCAGAUACUCGUGCAUGGCGGGCCCACAUGGGAAUGCGUAUGAUGAGCACAGGGAACAACGGAGCAGCCACCAGGCCGAUCCGGCGGAUCCUCCUCCACCCACAGUACGACCAGUUCACCUCUGACUACGACAUUGCCCUCCUCGAGCUCAGUGCUCCUGUCUUCUUCAACGACUUGGUGCAACCUGUGUGCAUCCCCGCCUCCUCACACUCCUUCACCACAGGGACCAGCUGCUAUGUCACAGGCUGGGGGGUCCUCAUGGAGGACGGUGAGCUGGCGACUCGCUUACAAGAAGCCUCAGUGAAAAUCAUCAACAGGAACACCUGUAACAAGCUGUAUGAUGACGCUGUCACUCCCAGGAUGCUGUGCGCUGGGAACUUACAGGGAGGGGUGGAUGCCUGCCAGGGUGACUCAGGAGGUCCGUUGGUGUGUCUAGAGCGUGGAAGACGGUGGUUCCUGGCGGGGAUCGUGAGCUGGGGCGAAGGCUGCGCGAGACAGAACCGUCCCGGCGUCUACACACAGGUGGUAAAGUUCACUGACUGGAUCCAUCAGCAGACUAAAGGACAGGUGUGACAGAGCACCAGACUGACACGAACAAAAUCACAGACUUAACACACACAGGACAAAGGUUUCAGACAAGGAGUCUAUCUUCAGGCUGCUGUCAUGAUUGUAUGACAACACAUUCAGUCAGAUUAUGGGAGUAUGUUCAUGGCAGCACGCCAGCAGGGGCGUCAUCCCGCCAAACCAAACGACUUCCGUACCAUCUCAGCUAGCACAGACCUGGUCUCGACUAUGUUGACAUGCACAGAAAGUUCAACAUUUAACCUGAUUAUUAAAUUAACUUGAGUGACUGAGUGACUGCACGUAAAAGUUAGAAUUUGGUUGUAGAUUUAUGACGCAAUACUUCCUCCAAAAUUAUGGACCACACUUUAACAUAAAAACACUCUAUUAGCUUGUGGGUUUUUGUUGUCUGUACACAUGUAGACUGAAGUAUGGGUCAGUAUUUAUUGGCAUCAGCAAACAUAUGGGCAAAUGCUACGUAUCAAAUAUCCAAAUUUUCUUCAUCUGUAUUAGAUGAAUUAGGUCUGCACCCACUUUAACUGUUGCCAGUUACCUCCUGUUUUCCUAAUGUCUCUACACUCCCUCUUCUGUCUCAGCUACAUUGUUUGCAACAGAGUUAGUGACCACGUCAGGUGUUGCCAACAAAAAUCAGAUCACUGAAUGAGGAAAGAGUUCUCGCCCCACAAGUACGCAUCCGUGUAUUUUUUGCCCUCAUCUCCAUUCGUCCAUGUACUGUAUAUGUGUGUUCACCACUCAUUGUAUACAUGUGUUGUUUUUGUACUGUAUGUGUAUGUAUGUGCAUUUGUAUAUCAUGCGUUUAUCUGAGUCAUAGCCUUAUGUUAAAUAUGUUCUGUAGUGGGGUGAAUAAUCCCUCAGUAGGAGGUGGUAAUAUAUGUGGCAUUUCAGAUUUACUGUGAUGUUUUAACUUAACUUUACGGUGCCUCCUUUCUACGUCAUGCUCAGAGAAAAAGCAUGAUCACAGCUCCUUUUAAAACUGGCGUGUAAGGAACAAAUAAGAUUAUCAGGUGAAAACCCUUCCAGACAUUUUUAUACAGAUUCUCUCAUUCAGCUCACAUCACCACCCAGUGGCCAAACUGUACCAUUGCCUCUUUUACUGUAUCUCCUGAGGGAAAGAUGCACCUAACACCCAAAGGAUUGCUAAAUUAUAGCAGAAUAUAUGCCUUUAUAUUAAAGACACCAUUUCCAACGCA